GGAGAGGGGGAGUGAGUAUGACUGAGGUUGUGUGUGUGUGUGUGUGUGUGUGUGUGUGUGUGUGUGUGUGUGUGUGUGUGUGUGUGUGUGUGUGUGUGUGUGUGUGUGUGUGUGUGUGUGUGUGUGUGUGUGUGUGUGUGUGUGUGUGUGUGUGUGUGUGUGUGUGUGUGUGUGUGUGUGUGUGCCCCAAGUGUUGUGAUGUCUGUAUGCUGGAAUCAUGUUCAGGUGGAGUUGAAGCGCACUCCCGCAUAUUUCAUUCACGUACCAACUCGGUGAUCGUGAGAAGCCGCCCGCUGCAGGACCGUACUACUUUUGCAACCGUCCCUCGUCACAUUUAUCUGGAUCAUCGUAAACAGAGGGUUAUCGUUCCUUGCAUACCAAAAGGAGCUCAAGUGGGCUCGCGGAAGAAGGGAAAAAAAUGUGGACUGCAGUGGCAACAUCGGCGUGCAGCCUGCAGCAGAGGCUGGUGUAACAGCAUCAUCUCCGGCGCCACACUGGCUAUGCAACGUGCGGGCACAACUGCAAAGAUAUAACACAUUUUCUGGCAUGGAGACUCGCCGCCGGCUGUUGAAGGAGUCCUGUGGGCAUGCCUUCCCCAUGGCCCGUCUACUGGCCCAGUGCCUCUGCUCUGCAUGCCAUCAUCCAGGGGAGGGAGGAAGGAGAGAGGCCAUCUAAAAAUAAACCCCACUCCAGCACCAGCAGAUAAACAAGAAAACCAACUGAAAACAAAAAUAGACUAAACGAGAAAUAAAAGGAGAAACAUAGUGGUCGUUGUCUCCCUCUACCUGUACUUCUUCCUAAAUCUCUCUCUCCCUCUCUCCCUCUGUCUCUCUAUCUUUCCCCCUCUCUCUCUGUCACUCUCUCGGUCCUCGUUAUGCUCUGAGAUCAUGUCCCAAUCUGGCAACGUCCUUCACAUGUACGUGGAGGUGAGGCCCGACACGGACCAGGACGCGGUGAAGGGCUUCGGGGAGGCGGGGGAGGCGGACGGCCAAGUGGCGGCUGUGCCGGAGGGCUCCGCAGAACUCCUGUCCCAGCUCGCCACGCAGACCACCUGCCAGACGCUCCCGGCGGCCCAGCGUCUGGCCCGGGAGCACGCGUACCGUCAGUCGCCGUCCAGACACACGGUGAGCUUCCAACUCCAGCACAAGGUCACCUCGCGGUCCCCGACGGUCCUCAAGAGGCCGAGGUUACCGGGGGAGGGGAUCUCCGCCGCCCCUCAUCCCCCUCCCGCGUGCCAGCGGUUCGGCGAGGAGAAGGCCGGUGAAGGGACGCGCUCCGUGGUCACGUUCAGCUACGUCGCGAAGCCCAAUGUGCGUACGGUGGAGAGCCCCCGGCACCCGCGCUGUGAGAGGGGAGCCCGAGAGGACGGAGUCAACCCCUCCCCGUUUUGUAAAAGACUGAGCGAUUCCUCUUGGUGGGGGAGUCCGGAUUCCUCUCGCGGCUCUAGUCCGAAGCUGGCUUUCAGACAACCCGCUAUCGACCCCAUCGGCAGGGCAGCCACCCAGAGGGCCGUGGAAGAGUUUGGCUCCCCCUUACUGAGGAUCAAACUGGCCCAUGCGCUCGAGCGGGGAUCGACGUCGCGCUACUUCUCGCAGCCGCGGUGCCAGUCGUGGGCGGGCUCCCCUGUCCUGCGUCAGAACAACUGCAGGUCUCCCGUCGACUGUGUCAAAGACAGCAGCCAAGCUAACUGUACGCUUCCCCCGAACAAAGUGACGGAGCAGCUCCCCCAGUCGAGGCAUCCCGCUUUGGGGACACCGACCCACCCGCGGCCCAGGUCUUGUGCGGGGCCUGAGAGCCCUAUUCAUUGGCCGAUGGAGCACAGAGCCCUAUCAGGCAGUCCGGCUACCCGGGGACAUCAUCACAAGGCCUGCACGAGGGUUCCCUCGCCCAAGGGAGCGAUUCUUCAACUUGGCAAUAAACUAGUGGAGGGCAUGAACCAGCUAAGCGACAGUAAAUCCUCGUCACCAGCUCCCAGCCCCGAGGUGGCCCGCAGGUUAGCCGUGGAGGUCACCAAAGUCUCCUCUUUUUUCACAGAGCCCAGGAAGGGCUCGUUGCAUAACGCUUUGGGUGAGCCCACCCGGGGGUCAAACUCUUGUGAACGCCACGACCCGAGCCCAAACGCACAACAGGCCCAGCAGCAUCAGCAGACGCUCCAGAUGAACAUCCCCUUGCACGGGCAACACGCACCAGCAACCGACAACAUCGACUGUCACCAGCCCGAGAGCUCCGUCUCGCAGUCCCACUCGCAGGAGACCAACUCUCGCAAUAACCACGACACGCAGCGGGAGGAGGAGGAGGAGGAGGAGGAGGAGACCAAGCCCGAGGAGCGGGGGGAGCGAGAGGGGGGUGGCCGUCAGAGCUCCUCCCAGCAUCAGAGCUCCUCCCAGCAUCAGAGCUCCUCCCAGCAUCAGAGCUCCUCCCAGCAUCAGAGCUCCUCCCAGCAUCAGAGCUCCUCCCAGCAUCAGAGCUCCUCCCAGCAUCAGAGCUCCUCCCAGCAUCAGAGCUCGCCCACAGCGGCGCCCAGUUCUCCCGCCCUCCCUGCCCGGUUCUUCCGCCCCUCUCACCCCCCCACGGAGUUCUGCUCCCCCAUGAGGGACCCCCGGUUACUCCGGGCCGAGGUGAGGGCGCUGGACAGCCCCACCCUGCACCGGCGCCAGCCCCCGCAGUACACCGGAGACCCCUGGUCCGCCGGGGCCGAGUGGAGGGGAGGCGAGCCGCCGCCGCCGGGGGCCAACGAGAGCGUGGACUGCACGGAGCUCUCCCGCAGGCUCUUCAUCCACCAGGGGGUGGAGGAGGCCCCGGUCAGCUGGACCUCCAGGCAGCGCUGGGGGAAGCAGCCGUUGGAGGCGGUGGCGGAGCAGGAGAGCCAGUGCCCUAACCCAGAGGCCAGCCCCGCCGCCGCCGCCGCCGUCGUCCCCGGGCGCGCACCCCGGCGAGGCCGCGGGGGGGCCCUGAGCCCCACGGCGCGGCAGAAGCGAGCGGAGCAGAGGAGAAGGGAGGCCCUGCUCCUGGGACCCGUGGCCUUGGACUCGGCGGAGGAGGACGAUGAAGACGAGGAGGAGGAGGAAGAGGAGGAGGAGGACGGGGAGGGAGGUGAGGGUUUUUUGGGAGAGAGGCAGCUGGGGUUACCGCGGGCACAGGGGCCUCUGGAGGGGGAGCAGAACGGCGUGUUGGGGGGGUCGUCGUCCCGGAGCUCCAGCGGGGUGACGGGGAGCCUGGGGGACAGGGACUGCGUUUCCCCCGAGUCCAGCCAGUCCAGUCACCAGAGCAACGACACCGCCGCUGCCACCUCAGGAAUACAGACUGACAGUGGCUGUGCUGUUCCGGGGCCUUCUCUUCACUGUCAGAGGAUAGCUCGAGCCAAGUGGGAGUUCCUGUUCGGGACCCCCGUGGAGGAGGCUGCCAGCAGAGGAGACAAAACGUUCCUGGGCGCCUCCACAGCGCCCCCUAGCGGCGCCUCCAGCGAGUCCCCUACGCCCACGCCCCUGACCACACCCUCCACACCCUCCGGCCUGCCCCUCCUUUCGGCCAACCACGACGUCCAGCAAGUGGAGGUGGAACUGGUCACGCCCCCGCCGCUGACGGGCUCCUCCCCCAGGACGGGCAUCAUCGGGCGGACCCUCAAGUACUCGGAGACGGACCUGGACGCGGUCCCGCAGCGGUGCUACCGCGAGACGGACAUCGACGAGGUGCUGGCCGAACAAGAGGACGCAGACUCCGCCUUCGGCUCCAACCGCAGCGUGCUGGGCGGCAGCCCCCCCGAAGGGCCCUGCUACGAGAGGUCACACGGCCCCGAGGAGAGGGAGGGGGAGGAGGGGGAGAAGGAGCCGGAGGUGGGAGGUCAGGGAGAGGUAGAGGGGGAGGAGGAGGAGGAGGAGGAGGAGGAGAUGGUGAGCUGGGCGAGCGUAAGGAUGCAAGGAGACGACAGGAGGAGUCAACAUGCCGCCCAAGAGGAACCAGAGGUGUUUGGACAUCUGCUUAAGAGGCCCCUGGAAACGUUUUUCGACAACCACCACCCCGCGCUGAAGUCCCCCGUCCUCGUGUCCCCCCCCCGCCGCACCUCAGAGGACACCUUCAGCCGCCAUUUUGAGAGCAUCAUGGAGUCGGCGCGCGCCAAGGGCACGUCCUACAGCAGCCUGGACAGCGAGGAGCUGCUGGGCACCAGCACCCAGACGGUGCUGACCUUUGACCUGCCCACGCUCACCCCGGCCAUCCAGGCGCCGUUCGGCCACAGCGCCCGGCACAUGGCGCACCUCAGCCUGGCCCCGCUCGCCAUCGACGAGCGCCCCAGCCUGUCGGACUCGGCGCUCACGGUGACGGGCGACUCGGACGCCACGCGGGCGCCCUCCAGCGAGAGGCUGAGCAGCGGGUCCGAGGACACGCCCCGGCGCGGCGGGACCCCCGGGCCGCAGCUCGGGAGCAGCUGGUCCAGCAACUUCUCCCUGCCCAGGGAGAAGGCCCGCCUGGCCACGGACACAGAGCUGGACCAGGACCUGAGCGAGCGCCUGGGCCUGGAGACCAGCGAGACGCUGACCAACGGGAGCAGCCGGGCCGACCUGGAGGCGGCCAAGCGGCUGGCCAAGCGCCUCUUCAAGCUGGACGGCUUCCGCAAGUCGGACGUGGCGCGGCACCUCAGCAAGAACAAUGACUUCAGCCGAAUGGUGGCAGCGGAGUACCUCAGCUUCUUCGACUUCAAAGGGCUGGCGGUGGACAUGGCCUUACGAGCGUUCCUCAAGCAGUUUGCGCUGAUGGGGGAGACACAGGAGAGGGAGAGGGUGCUAACACACUUUUCAAGAAGAUACCUUGACUGCAACCCGGGCAUCAUACCGUCUGAAGAUGCAGUUCACACUCUGACCUGUGCUCUCAUGCUGCUCAAUACGGAUCUACACGGCCAAAACCUGGGCAAGCGUAUGUCCUGCUCGCAGUUCGUGGGCAACCUCGAGGGACUCAACGACGGCCAGGAUUUUCCGAAAGACCUUCUUAAAGCCCUGUACAACGCCAUCAAGAAUCAGAAGCUACAAUGGACACUGUGAGUAUUCUCCCUAGUGUCUACUGUCCCUACCUGUUCUCUUACCAACUCCUCCAAUCACACACUGGCUUUUUCACUAUCUCGCUUAUCUCACCGUUCCAUCUCUCUCGGUCUCUCUGUCUCUUGGUCUCUCGGUCUCUCUCUCUUACUCUCACUCUCACUCUCCCAAAUACACGCAAUGAAAAGGGGAGAUUCUGCAGAAUCAGAGAUAGCAGAGUGCACUUAUGGAUUAGCUUAUUAGCAGCCCUAUUAAAAGCUAUGGUAGGCAGUUUGGCUAGUUUAAGUUGGCUACUUUCAAACUCUAUCUGACCGGAGUAAGCUAGUGUUUGAAAGUAGCCAACUGAACAAAUCCCUCCGAAGCCACUCCCCCAAAACCCAUGACUAGCUCGCUAGCUUUAGCAAUAGUUCUGCUUGACCUGGUGGAAGAUUCCGGUCACGUGCGGUUAGCGCACAGGCAUGUAAUGAAUGCAAUGAUGGGCUUAUUCCUGGCCUGCAACAGCCACAGGUACCUUUCUUUUUUUGGCAGUGCAUUUGAUAUAUUUAUUGCUGCCGUGAUGUAAAAAUAAUUUCACCAAAUAUUUUAUAAAAACAAUGGCUCUGAAAUAAAUCGCCUACCCUAACUUUAAUGACGUAGGAGUCGCCUGGCUUGUGAUGAAAACAGUACUGUGUCAAGGGUUGCUAUUCUGGAACAGGCGCUCCAAAGAGCUGCUGUGAUGCCAAUUAAGUCACUAGCUUUCCAAGCUUUGUUGCCAUAGCUACGGCACCAUGGAUACGACUCUGUUGCUGCCGCAUCGCACUCCACACGCUUCUCCUAGAUCUCUUUCGCGAGAGCAAACACAUGCGUGCGUUGGUUACACACACACACCCCCGACACACUCUAGCACACAUACGCACACUCACCUGUACACACAAAUGCCUGAAUAUCUGCACGCACUAGAUACAGGCACACUAGCAGACAUACCUUGACGGAAAGCAAAACAUGAGAGGGAGGGGGGAGAGGAGGAGGGAACCAGGUCUGUUUAAAAGGGCUCCUGCAUGACGAUGUGACCGCAUCCUCCCACUACACUCGCAAAAAUAGCAGCAAUGCUGUGGGAGAGUAGACGGCAAAAAUAAGCGGUCAGAGGAGCAGAUCCAGGAGGAGGAGAUCCACCCGGGGGAGGGGGAGGAGGAGGAGGAGGAGGAGGGGGUGGAUGGGAGGGUUCGCUCAUCAUCUCUCCACGCAUCUCCAAGGAAACGGAGGAACACACGGAUACAAACACACACACACACUCUCUCAGGUGGCAUUUGUGUAGUUAAUGUGUUGCCCUGACUAAAGAGAUUCCGUUACCUGAACUUAAGAACCAGCUGACACUGAGU